AUGGGAAGUGCUCUUGGAAGACCAAUUCGAGUGGAUGAAACUACAUUGAAGAAAGAAAUUGGUUACUAUGCAAGCAUUCUGGUUGAAAUUGAUUUAACUAAAGCAAUUCCAAAUAAGGUUUGGGUGGAAUCAAAAUAUGGUACAUCACAAUCUGAAAUUCCAUUAACUUAUGAGGUGGAAGAAGGAAAAGUUAUUAUUCCUAGUGUUGGUCAAAGUAAAUUUCAAAAGGAAGUCGUGGAUUCUCAAUUAGAUAAAUCUACACAAAAUGAUGUUGGUUUUACUGGUAUCUUAAACUCUCUUAAGGAUUUUCCAUCUUUAUCGGUUGAGAAACUUAUUGAUAUUGGGACAAGUAUUCCACCAUUGAAUCAAGAUGCUGACAAGGUUAUAAUACCCUUUACAAUCGAAGAAUCAGUGGAGGCAUUAACAGCAGAAGUAUUAUCUAAUAUAAAUUCUUGUGAUGAGGAUAAUUUGGGUUGGAAGGAGGAUCAAGCUUUCUUUAAAGUCAUCAGCAAACCAGUCAAGGGUAAAAGCAUUAAAGAUUCUGAUGCUGACCCUGAAAAUAUAGAGUUACUUAAUAAUUUAAUAACUGCAAGAGGGAAACAUGAGUUGGCAUCUCAACAAUACAAUGAAAUGAUGAGGAAUAAAUAUAGAAUUAAAUGGGUUAAAGAAGGUGGAUCUAACACUACUUUUUUCCAUGCAAACAUGAGAAUCAGGAGGGCACAAAAUAAUAUUGCUGAAGUGGAGAAUGAUGAAGGAAAUUUAAAGAAGUUUAAAUCAAGAAAUGUAGUAUUUGAUGAAGAUCUACUUGCAACAAUACCAAAAAUCUUAAAUGAGGAAGAUAAUAUACUUCUUGAUGCUCUUUCUUCUUUGGCUGAAAUCAAAAAUGCAGUAUUUGAAAUGAAUGCUAACAGUGCUCUAGGGCCUGAUGGUUUUCCAGGGAGCCUUUACAAAUUUGCAUGGGAAAUAAUUGGGGCUGAACUGGUGGAAGAUAUACAAUAUUGUUGGAGGAACAAUUUCAUACCCAAAGGUUUUAAUUCUAACUUCUUGUUUCUAUUCCCAAAAAUACAAGGUGAAAACAGAGCUGAGCAUUUCAGGCCUAUUGGACUGGCCAAUUUUAACUUUAAAAUUAUCACAAGAAUUAUUACAACCAGAAUUAGUACUAUGAUUGAUAAAAUGGUUUCAGUUCAACAAAGUGCAUUCAUCAAAGGGAGGAACAUACAUGAGAAGAUUGUUUUAGCAUCUGAGCUUGUUAAUGAAUUGGAUAUCAAGAGGAGAGGGGUAAAUGUAGGUCUUAAAAUUGAUAUUACUCAAGCUUUUGACUCCAUAAGCUGGAAUUUCUUGUUUGAAGUACUAAAAAGAUUUGGUUUUUCAGUGAGGAGUAUAAACUGGUUGAGAAAGAUAUUUGAAUCAGCUAAAAUCUCAGUGCUUGUUAAUGGUGGUCCUUGUGGAUUCUUUGAAGUCAGAAGAGGCCUUAGGCAGGGUGACCCACUAUCACCCAUUCUCUUUGUGCUUGUUGAGGAAGUGUUAAGUAGAAAUAUCUCAAAAUUAGUACAAAUAGGCAAGAUUCAAGCCAUGGUAAAUAGAGAUGGUUGUUAG